AUGGUGAUUUCAUGGCUCCGCAACUCUGUUUCUUCACAAAUAUGCUCGAGCAUCAUGUACCUCGAUGAUGCAUAUGCAAUUUGGUUCGAUCUGAAAGAGCGUUUCUCCACUGGUGAUUCAGCUCGAAUUUACCAACUUCGACAACAACUCAUGUCUCUCUCUCAAGGAUCCUCUGAUGUCAACACAUAUUUUACCAAUCUCCGUAUACUAUGGGAUGAAUACAAAAAUUCCCAGCCUACUUCAUGGUGUACAUGUGCUAGAUGCACUUGUGAUAGUGCUUCAAAGUGGAAUCAACAUCAAGAGAAUGAAUGCACUAUGCAAUUUCUUAUUGGCUUGAAUGCAUCUUUCUCUCAGCUUAGAUCUCACAUCCUCUCAAUGAUUCCUCUACCUUCUUUAUCUAAGGUUUUCUCAUUGGUGAUUCAGGAAGAGAGACAGAAAUUGAUUGAUGGAAACAACAUAUCUUCUGCUCCUGCUCGAGCUCCAGUCACAAGUGAAUUGCCUUUUGCUAAUGCAGCAUCUUCAUUUGGCAGAGGCUAUAACAAAUUCUUAUGCUCUCACUGUGGAAGAACUAAUCAUCCGGUUGAGAAAUAUUUCAUUCUUCAUGGUUUUCCACCUGGAUUUGGCAGAGGAAAUGGAAAAUAUCCACAAUCGUCUGGCUUUGCAAAACCUCCACAACCAUCUGGAUUUGCUGGAACUUCUAAUCCUCAUCAGCAACGGUCUGUUAAUCUUGUUGAAGACACUGCUAAUCUGCCAAGUUUUGAUCAAUAUCAACAGCUCAUUAGCCUCUUGCAGAGCCAUAAACUCCACAAUCCCCCCUCCAGCCACUACUCCAGUCAGUGA